GGAAAAAGGAGAUUCCCUGGAUUCCCACACCGUCUUUUGUUGCUCUCAAACCCGGGCCCACAUUUCUCUGCUGCGGCCAGCCAACCUCCAACAGCCCCCGCCAUAUCCUCCACUUGCUUCAAAGAUCGGACAUGAUGUUGGUCUUAGCCAUGGAUGAAAUGGGAUCAUCGUCGCCCCGGUGACAGCAGAGGGUGAUCAUGGGAGAUAAAGAGGGCCACCAUGUCCCGAAAUCUGUCCAAAUAUGCCCUGAUUUUCCUCUUCCUUGCACUGUCUGGCAUCAUCUUCCUGCUGCGCAACAUCCACACUUUAGAGAACUGGAACUGCCAAGCAAUUUCAGCCUUCUACCAGCUGCAGAGCAGGGUCCAUUCGUCCUUCCGUGUCCCUACUCUUCAUCACAACCAUACCUUCUGCGCCCAUCUGGGUCAGAAACCCUCUCCUGACGAUGAACUUGAAGAGCGGUACCUGUUGGACUCUAUCGCCUGGCCCAGCCCUCCGCCUCACUCUGCACCAACCACCCUGAGGCAAACAAGCGACCCUGUGCACAGUCUGUUCACCAUACUUCCCACUAAAGAAGGAAGGGAGUGGCACGUUGGCGACGAGCUAGAGGCCCUCGUCCAAAUGCACGACUUCCAGGGUCGUCCCAAGAGCUACGGCGGGGAUUUCCUUCUGGCCAGGUUGCACUCUCCAGAGCUUGGAGCAGCCAUGGUUGGGCGUGUAGUUGACCACAAGAAUGGAUUUUACUCCGCUCUGUUCCCGCUCCUCUGGGUGGGCUCUGUACAAGUUGAAAUCAUGCUGGUGCACUCCAGUGAGGCCGUUGCUGUGCUGCGACGGCUGAGGGAGGAACGGCCCGAUCGGGUGUUUUUUAAGAGUAUGUUCCGUUUAGGCCUUUUGUCAGAAACUACUGUGUGCAACAUGUGCUUGCCCCCUGACCAGCAGCCUCUUUGCAACUACACAGACCUUUACACAGGUGAGCCCUGGUACUGCUACAAGCCCAAGAUGCUCAGCUGUGAUACCAGAAUCAACCAUGCCAAGGGAGGCUACUUGAAAAACCUCAUCACCAACAAGGAAGCUCUGCUAUUCAAGAGUGGUGUUAACCUCAAAGUUCAGAUACAUUCUUCAGGACCAGACAAAAUCAAUGUGCUGCCACAGGAAGAUAAAGUGGAGGAAGAAAGCAGCCCUAUUAAACCAGAACAUGUUCAGCUAGCACCAUCUGGAUAUUACUAUAUGGACUCCUGGAGGCCAUUAGGUGGAUUUACAAUGCGUCAGUUCAAUGAAUCAUCUGCAGUCGCUCAGUGUUUGAAGAACAAGGUGAUCAACAUGUACGGAGACUCUACUGCCCGACAGUGGUUCGAGUACCUCGUUGGCUUUGUACCAGAAUUAAAGGAGUUCAACCUGCACAAUCCUAAAAAUAUUGGGCCGCUCAUGGCGGUGGACAGCACCCAUAAUAUUCUCUUGAAGUACCGCUGCCAUGGCCCUCCUAUCCGGUUCUCCACUGUCAUGUCCAGUGAGUUGCGGUACAUUUCAAAUGAGCUUGACGGCCUCUCUGGGGGCCCCAACAUGGUGGUGGCCCUCAGCAUCUGGUCCCACUUCAGCACCUUUCCGAUAGAGAUAUACAUACGACGACUUCGUCACAUUCGACGGGCGCUGGUGAGACUUAUAGACCGAGCGCCAGGGACGCUCAUAGUGAUCCGCUCAGCCAAUCUUCAAGCCCUGGACCAAGAGGUGAGCCUGUACAACAGCGACUGGUACUCCCUGCAGCUCGAUCAGGUGCUCAGGGCCAUGUUCAAAGGGCUUAACGUUCUGGUGGUGGACGCCUGGCAAAUGACUUUAGCUCACCCUUUACCUCAUGCCCUCCAUCCUCCUCCACCUAUCAUCAAACACAUGAUAGACAUGCUUUUGUCUUACGUUUGCCCUGAGAGGAAAAAGAGCCAGAAAUAGAAGCACAGUGCAGUCAUUGAAGGUAACCUAUUGUGUGAAUCCACCUGUCAAUUCCAAACACUUCUUUGUUUGACUGCUUAAGAACUCAAGCAUUUUCCAAAGCUGCAUACUCUUUAAAUACUGAAGAUUUACUUGCCUGGUAUAUUUUUUUAAUCCCCACAAAACAUGUUUUACUCUGAUUUCCAAAGAUUUUGGCACAGUGAUUGUUACCGCUUAUCUGUUGGUAUUACCUAACUCUGCACCCAGUCCUGACAAAGACUAAUUGUGUGUUCAGAGUGUUCUAUCACAGGCCUGAACAUAAUUCCUGAAUCUUGAACGAGAACAGGGAAGAACAGCUAUCAGAAGAACUGUGUUGCUAUGAGACAUACUUACUCCAGUUGACAGGACUGACCCAAGCUUUCUCACUCAAUGACUAAAAUGUGUGUUGUGCCUUCUUGCAAGAAUGAAACAGUCUUCAGCAUAUCUGUCUGCACCCUUGGUGUGACUAUUUAAUUGGCCGUGCGUGCGUGUUGGAGAGCUAAACAGGUAUGAACACAGUAUGGCACAACAAAGAGCACAAGCAAACUGAGGCUUUAAAUACACACAGGAGGCAAUCAGGUAGAGUGGAAACAGGAGUGUACCAAAGCACAGCUGAAGUCAACCAAGAUAACAUGACACAUGGAAGUAAAAAUACAGCACAAGAGACAAAGAGCUCACACAAUAAAACAGGCAGUACCUAAUUAGACACAGAGACAAGACUAAUGGUUGAACACAGAGAAACAGGGAAGGCUAUAAUCAACUGAAACAAAGAAGCAAUUGGAAUCCAAGGCUGCUUAAUAGUAAUUCCAAAACAGAAUGUGGGAUGCUAAAGUAAUUAUGGUAAUUAUAGUUUGUUUCCUGGCAUGGCCCUGGCUUAGUCCACAUACAGUCUAUUGCCGAAAGUAUUCACUCAUCUGCCUUCACACACACACGAUGCCCCAUUCUUUGCAGCUAUAGUAGCUUCAACUCUUCUGGGAAGGCUUUCUACAAGGUUUAGGAGUGUUUGUGGAAAUUUUUGACCAUUCUUCCAGAAGCACAUUUGUGAGGUCAGACACUGAUGUUGGAUGAGAAGGUCUGGU